AUGCCCCGAGCAUCCAGCCUCGAAAGAUCUGCCUUCGCAUCCGUCAGAAGCGCCGAGGCGUCUAGGAGUCGUACGAUCGACGAGCAAGAGGGAUCCAGCCGCCUGCCAACUCAGUCGGAGCAUCCACCGCCUCACACCUCGCCAGAGCAGCUCAAGGGGAAGGGCAAGGCGGCUGAGAGUACCAACACGACGAAUGCUGCACAGCCUCAAUUCUUUGGGACCAACGGUCACGAGGUGCCUUCUUACGCGGACUCGCCGUGUUCCAGUCUCAUCAGCACCUUUGAGCCUAUGCAGAUUGAUACAUCAAGUCAAGAAAAUCACGUUCAUUUUGCGCCAGGUCGCGUGUCCCUUCUGCCAUCUGUUCACUCGGGAGGUCAAUGGGCUGGUUCGAAGCUCAAGAAUGAGGUGCAGCUGGACGAGGCAUCAGACGACGCAGAAUCCGAGUCAAAUCAAAAGGCUGCUUCGAUAAGAAGCCGCCCUCGAAGUGUAAGCGCGCUCGCCGUCAGUCGCAGUCGAUCGUCCAAUGCAAUGCACCAGCUAAUGUUAACGGGAGCAAAUGUUGCGGACCAGGCUGACGGACUCAACGAUCGUAGCUUCUUGCCGGACGUCGGUGAUGAGCGCCCUGCGAGUCGGACUCGUGGUGGAGGACUGUUGAAGAUGCGCGGCAAGGCCGACAGCCUCGCUGGUUCUAGGCAAGCGCACUUGAACGACGCGCAUGCAGCCGCAGCGAAGCCGGUCAAGGAGUCUGCGCCACCGCCAACGUCAGCAGCGCUUGCCAUCCAGUAUUCUUCAACCACCCUGGCUGAGCCUCCGAGAGACGUUCCUGCCCGACACCGCUCUUCCGGUACUCUUCGGAACCUUUUUCGUCGACGCCCCCGUGAGGAUGAGGAAGCUACACCGGUUCCAGCACCCAAGAAAUUGCCGGGAGAGAGCGAGUGGGAGGCGUCGCUGCGCGCUUCCGACGAAAAGGCGCAAAAGGCGUCGGAGAAAGCCAGAAGGGCUCAUGCCUUGGCCGCUGAGUUCUCAUUGGAGAAGCCAGUCAAGCGAGUCCCGGAAACCAAGCCUCGCGCCCGCAGCCGCCAUAGCAUCAGCUCCGCCGGGUCUGCUGUGUCUGCAGAAGACCUUGGCGAUGGGCGGGUCUACCGUAUAACCCGUGAGCAAGGCCACGAUGGGCACGACAUGGGUCAUAGCGCUCUGCCCUCUUACAGAAGUCGAACGUCGACUGCUGAGCACACCUCGCCCUUGCAAAGAACGCCUGCUUCGGCAUUGGAAGAUUCCUGGGCUUCUCGUCAUUACAGCGAACGCGCUCGCGUCGCAGACGCCAGCUUCUUCUCUCCGGCUAGCAGCAGCAGCGGCAGCUUCAGAAGCAGAAGCGGCAGCAGCGCCGGUUGUGGAGCCAUAG